AUGACAUCGCUUGAUCUGCCACAGUCCGCCAGUACCGUCGAGGUCUUCCUGAUCGACUCAGGCGCCCGUCUGGACUUCCCAGCGCAGCAAUUCAUGACCCCAGCGAUUCGAGGCUAUGACCGCAUGGCCGUGCCCUCAUACUGCUUUCUCGUCACGCACCCAUCGGGCCAGCGCAUCUUGUUCGACCUGUCCAUCCGGUCUGACUUCCAGAACCUGGCACCGCUCUUUGCCGAGCGCUGCACCAACACCGCAAGUAGUGGCUGGAAGAUCUCCUCUCCGCACAACGUCUCAGAAAUCCUAGUCGCGAACGGGGUGCCUCUCGCCGACAUCAACGCCAUUAUCUGGUCCCACCACCACUUCGACCACACCGGCGAUCCGUCCUUAUUCCCCAGCUCGACCAACCUGGUCGUGGGGCCGGGGUUCACCAGGAACUUCACGCCCGGAUGGCCCGAGCAGCCUGAGUCGCCGGUGAAGUCCGCCGAUUGGCACGGCCGCACACUGCGGGAAAUCCAGUUUGACGAGCAGCAGCUGAAGAUCGGUCGCUUUCCCGCCGUGGACUGGUUCGGCGAUGGAAGUUUCUACCUCCUGCAUACCCCGGGCCAUACGCCAGACCACAUGGUCGGGUUAGCUCGCGUGCAGUCGGACUCUUUCGUUUUGAUGGGUGCGGAUUUCGCUCACCACCCGGGCGAGUUUCGACCCUCAAAGCACAGUCCCAUGCCAGAGAGGAUCCGGCCGUCACCGCUGCCAUCCCACCCUCGAUUCGGGAGUGUCUGCCCUGGUCAUCUCUUCCACUCCCUGGGCCGGCACCCUGGGGCGAAUGACAGCCCGUUCUUCGAGCCAGCGGAAGAGUACACGCAUGAUUUUGACGAGUGUCUUCGCACGAUUGACUUACUGACCAAAUUCGACGCCGACGAGCGGGUCUUGGUGCUGACGGCCCACGACCACAGUCUCUUGCCUAUCUUCACGGGCGCGGAGGAUGGGAAUGCCGGCUGGUGCUUCCCGCACCGGACACUCAAUGGCUGGCGGGAGGCGGGGCUGGCCGACCGGGGGAGGUGGCGGUUUCUGAACGAUUUUCGGGAUGCCGUUGGGGAAGAGUGA